CAGCGUCAGGGGGAGAGGGGCGGGGCCGAGCCGGCCGCCGCCAUUGCCGCCGCGGGAGGCAGCCUCGGCAGGAAGUUCGGGACCCAUCUCCGGGAGCGGGCGAGCGCGUGGCUACGGCGGGGCGCAGGGCCCCAUCUCCGGGAGCGGCAGGUCUGGGGAGUCCCGCCUCGCGCCUGCCCCCGCCCGCCUCGUCCGCAAGAUGCCGUGUGUGGCCGACUGGCUGAACAGCCCCCUCAGCAUCGUGCAGGGCAUCUUCGUUUGUUUUCUAGCUCAAAAUGGUCCAAGUCCUGACUGGGAGAAGAAAGUAACUGAAUACUUUACAGAGAAGCUAAAAGAAAAUAAUGCAACUAACUGGGUACCAUCAUUGAAUGAUGUCCCCCUACAUUACCUGAAGCCCAACAGUUUAGUGAAAUUCCGCUGCAUGGUUCAAGAUAUGUUUGAUCCUGAAUUUUACAUGGGAGUCUACGAAACAAUUGACCCAAAUACUAAAACACGUGUUUUGCAUUUUGGUAAAUUCAGAGAUGUAGCAGAAUGUGGGCCUCAGCAGGAAAUUGAUUUAAACUCAUCACAAAUGGUCACUUCGGAGAGACAGACCUUCUACUGUGUGCCAGUGCCUGGAGAGUCAGCGUGGGUGAAAGAAGCAUAUAUUAGUGCAAGUCAGGCUCGAGUUAGCCCUUCAACAUCCUACACUCCAAGUCGCCACAAGCGGAGUUAUGAAGAAGAUGAAGAUAUGGAGCUGCAUCCAUCUAAACAGAAAGAGCAGCAUAUGGGGAAUAUAGGUGAUAUCCAUGGAUGUGGAGAGCCAAAGCGUUUAGAAACUGAAGCUUCUGCAGGACAUCAGCUAAUCUCCCCAAACUGCUCCCCUCCACUUGAUCUAAACUUUCCACUGCCGGGAGAGAAGGGUCCUGCAUGUCUCGUAAAGGUCUAUGAGAGAUGGGAUAAUUUCAAAGUCAACGAUACUCUUGAGGUGUAUGGCAUUUUGUCUGUGGAUCCUGUGCUCAGCUUAGUGAACAAUGAAGACAGGGAGAACUCAUCACCACUUGAUCCUAUGGAAUGCAUGGACACAGUAGAAGAACAAAGAGUACACAGUCCUCCUGCCUCAUUAGUCCCCAGAAUCCAUGUGAUUUUGGCACAGAAAUUACAGCACAUUAAUCCAUUAUUGCCUGCCUGCCUUAAUGAAGAGGAGAGUAAAAGCUUUGUUUCUAGUUUUAUGAUGGAACUUUCGCCACUUAGAGCAGAGCUGCUUGGAUUCCUCACUCAUGCCCUCUUAGGAGACAGCUUGGCUGCUGAGUACCUUAUAUUGCAUCUCAUCUCCACAGUCUAUGCGAGAAGAGAUGUGCUUCCUCUGGGAAAAUUCACAGUCAACUUGAGUGGCUGUCCAAGAAAUAGUAUCUUCACAGAGCACAUAUACCGCAUUAUCCAGCAGCUUGUUCCAGCAUCCUAUCGUCUGCAGAUGACCAUCGAAAACAUGAAUCACUCACGAUUUAUCCCACACAAGGACUACACGGCUAACCGCCUAGUCAGUGGAGUAUUGCAACUGGCCAGUAACACUUCCCUUGUGAUAGACGAGACCCUGCUUGAGCAAGGACAGCUGGACACAACAGGUGUACAUAAUGUGACUGCACUGGGUAACCUGAUAACUUGGCAGAAGGUGGAUUAUGACUUCAGUUACCACCAGAUGGAAUUCCCGUGCAAUAUUAAUGUACUUAUCACUUCAGAAGGCAGAUCACUCCUACCGUCAGAUUGCCAGGUCCACUUACAGCCACAGAUAAUUCCACCGAACAUGGAGGAGUACAUGACCAGCCUUCUCACAGCCGUGCUGCCAUCCAUGCUGAACAAAUUCCGCAUCUAUUUAAGCUUGCUGAGGCUGUUAGAUUACAGCAUAUCUGAUGAAGUGACCAAGGCAGUAGAGGAAGACUUUGUAGAA